AUGUAUCAAAUGUUUUCAGUUUCUGGUCACGUCCUGGCUCUCAAACUACAUCCUCCUCUGCCAGCCUGUAGAUUACAGCACCAGUCCGCUGGCGAUGAGGGUUUUAAACUCAGAUUUAAUUUCUGCUUUCCUCUAGAGCAGCUCUUCUUCAUCUUGAGGAAGAAGAACAGCCAGCUGACUUUCCUUCAUGUUUAUCAUCACGGCACCAUGAUCUUCAACUGUUGGGCGGGAGUCAAGCACGUAACAGGACAGUGUAAGUUACUUGGCAUCAUGCAAAAGUUUGCACUAAUCCCUUCUCCUUCAUCUGCACCACAUCCUGCAGCAUUCUUCGUCGGCCUGGUGAACUCAUUCGUUCACAUCAUCAUGUACUCCUACUACGGCCUGGCAGCAAUCGGCCCUCACAUGCAGAAGUACCUGUGGUGGAAGCGAUACCUGACCUCUCUGCAGCUGGUGAGCAAGUGGCUCCACAAGUGUUUGAUGUACAUUAACUAUUGGUUUAUUCUGUCGCAAACUCUUAAUUGCAUCUACAGAUGCAGUUUCUUCUCUUCCUCCUGCACGUGAGCUACAACCUGUUCACAGAGUGCGACUACCCCGACUCGAUGAACGUGGUGGUGUUUGGUUACUGCAUCAGCCUCAUCAUCGUCUUCAGCAACUUCUACUAUCAGAGCUACCUCAACAGGAGGAAGCAGAAAUGAUGAAACACUGACCUUAUGGAGAGAUGACAGCUCAUAAAAAUAUGAAGGUGAAUUAUUGGACAAUUUGGUUAUAUUAUGGAGAUUUUAACAUCAAUGUACUGAACCAAAAAAACACAAAACUCUAAAUGACAACAUAUGUCAUAGGUUCUAUGCAUUAUUGAAGUCUACAUCCUGGAAUCACCGACACACGAAACUUAUACUGUCCGGCCCAAAAACGUCCACCUGGAUUUAACCAAGCAAGCAGGUAGGAGCCUCCUAUUGGAUAACUACUGCAUGUAGCUGGCUAAAAGUUAUUUAACCCCAACUGGUGCAACGAGUUGCUUCUCAUUUCUUAAACAAUCAUGUGGAAAGACACAUCUGGUGGUUAAGGAAAAGAUUUUAGUCUGUUUGAGGAGGGUCAGAUCAUUGGCAUGCAUCAAGCAGAGAAAACAUUUAAGGAGAUUUUAGAAACAACUAAAACUUGGUUAAGAACUGUCCAACGCAUCAUUAAAACUGGAAGGAUAGUGGAGAUUGCUUUAAAGAAGCAAUCUGACUGGAAAAAAAUCCUGAAUAAUCGUGAUUGGCAAUCACUUAAACAUUUGGUGAAAUCAAAUCAAAGAAAAACAAAGAAACUAUGUUUUAUGGUGAUUCAUUUGAUGCUUAGUUUUAUAUUCUACUACUUUGUUUACUAUUCUCAU